GUGUGGAAAGAGCUUUGCUUGGAGCUCGCAGCUUACUAGACAUCAACGUAUCCACACUGGUGAGAAACCAUAUAAAUGCUUGGAAUGUGGAAAAAGCUUUGCUCAGAGUGCAGAUGUUAGGGCCCAUCAGCGUAUGCACACUGGUGAAAAACCAUAUAAAUGCUUAGAGUGUGGAAAAGGCUUUGCUCGGGGUGCAGAUCUUAGGGCUCAUCAAGGAACCCACACUGGUGAGAAACCAUAUAAAUGCUUGGAGUGUGGGAAGAACUUUGCUCAGAGUUCACUACUUACUAAACAUCAACGUAUCCACACAGGUGAGAAACCAUAUAAAUGCUUGGAGUGUGGAAAGAGUUUUGCUCAGAGUUCACAGCUUACUAUCCAUCAACGUAUCCACACUGGGGAGAAACCAUAUAAAUGCUUGGAGUGCGGGAAGAGCUUUAUUCAGAAGAAUCAGUUUUCACAGCUUACUAAACAUCAACGUAUCCACAUUGGAGAGAAACCAUAUAAAUGCUUGGAGUGUGGAAAGAGUUUUGCUCGGAGUACAGAGCUUAUUAUCCAUCAGCAUAUCCACACUGGUGAGAAACCAUAUAAAUGCUUAGAGUGUGGAAAGAGCUUUGCUCGGAGUACAGACCUUAGGACCCAUCAGCGUAUCCACACUGGGGAGAAACCACAUAAAUGCUUGGAAUGUGGAAAGAGCUUUGCUCGGAGUGCAGACCUUACUGUCCAUCAACGAAUCCAUACUGGGGAAAAACCAUAUAAAUGCUUGGAGUGUGGGAAGAGCUUUGCUCAGAGUUCACAUCUUAAUAUCCAUCAGCUUGUCCACACAGGGGAGAAACCAUAUAAAUGCUUGAGGUGCGGAAAGAACUUUGCUCGGAGUACAGAGCAUAGGACCCAUGAACGUAUCCACAGUGGGGAGAAACCAUUUAAAUGCUUGGAGUGUGAAAAGAGCUUUGCUCGGAGUACAGAGCUUAGGACCCAUGAACGUAUCCACAGUGGGGAGAAACCGUAUAAAUGCUUGGAGUGUGGAAAGAACUUUGCUCGGAGUACAGAGCUUAGGACCCAUCAACGUAUCCACACUGGGGAGAAACCAUAUAAAUGCCUUGAGUGUGGAAAAAACUUUGCUCAGAGUUCACACCUUAAUAUCCAUCAGCUUGUCCACACUGGGGAGAAACCAUAUAAAUGCUUGGAAUGUGGAAAGACCUUUGCUCGGAAUUCACACAUUACUGCCCAUCAAUGUAUCCACACAGGGGAGAAACCACAUAAAUGCUUGGAGUGUGGAAAGAGCUUCAUUCACAGUUCACAGCUUAUUAUCCAUCAGCACACCCACACUGGUGAGAAACCAUAUAAAUGCUCAGACUUUGCUCAGAGAUCACAUCUUACUCUCCAUCUGCGUAUCCACACUGGGCAGAAACCAUAUAAAUGCUUAGACUGUGCAAAGAGCUUUGCUCGGAGUGACAGCCUAAAUGCUCAUCAACGAAUUCACACUGGGGAGAAACCGUACAAAUGUUUGGAGUGUGGGAAGAGCUUUGCUCGGAGUGACAGACUAGAUGCUCAUCAGCGUUUCCACACUGGGGAGAAACCAUACAAAUGCUUGGACUGUGGAAAGAGCUUCAUUCACAGUUCACAGCUUAUUAUCCAUCAGCAUACCCACACUGGUGAGAAACCAUAUAAAUGCUUAGAGUGUGCAAAGAGCUUUGCACGAAGUGACAGCCUAGAUGUGCAUCGACGAAUCCACACUGGGGAGAAACCAUAUACAUGUUUGGAGUGCGGAAAGAGCUUUGCUCAUAGUUCAUACAUUACAGCUCAUCAACGUAUCCACUCUGGGGAGAAACCGUAUAAAUGUUUGGAGUGUGGGAAGAGCUUUGGUUGGAACCUUACUGUCCAUCAACAAAUCCAUACCGGGGAGAAACCAUAUAAAUGCUUGGAGUGUGGAAAGAGCUUUGCUCGGAGUGCAGACCUUACUGUCCAUCAACGAAUCCACACUGGGGAGAAACCAUAUAAAUGCUUGGAGUGUGGAAAGAGCUUUGCUUGGUGCAAUGUCCUUACUGUUCAUCAACGUAUCCACACAGGGGAGAAACCAUACAAAUGCUUGGAGUGUGGGAAGAGCUUUGCUCAGAGUGGAAAGUUGACCGCUCAUAGACGGAUCCAUACAGGGGAGAAACCAUACAAAUGCUUGCAGUGUGGAAAGAGCUUUGCUCAGAGUUCACACGUUACUGUCCAUCAACAAAUCCACACUGGGGUGAAACCAUAUAAAUGCUUGGAGUGUGGAAAGACCUUUUCUCAGAGUACAGACCUUACUUCCCAUCAAAGAAUUCACACAGGGGAGAAACCGUAUACAUGCUUGGAGUGUGGAAAGGCCUUUUCUCGGACUACAGACCUUACUUCCCAUCAAAGAAUUCACACAGGGGAGAAACCGUUUAUAUGCUUGGAGUGUGGAAAGGCCUUUUCUCGGAGUGCAGACCUUAGUUCCCAUCAAAGAAUUCACACAGGGGAGAAACCAUAUAAAUGCUUGGAGUGUGGAAAGGCCUUUUCUCGGAGUGCUGACCUUAUUUCCCAUCAAAUAAUCCACACAGGUGAGAAACCGUAUAAAUGCUUGGAGUGUGGAAAGGCCUUUUCUCGGAGUGCGGACCUUGCUUCCCAUCAACGAAUCCACACAGGGGAGAAACCAUAUAAAUGUUUGAAGUGUGGAAAGAGCUUUGGUGAGAGUAGAAAGCUUACUAGACAUCAUCGUAUCCACACUGGUGAGAAACCUUAUAAAUGCUUGCAGUGUGGAAAAGGUUUUGCUCAGAAUUCAGUCCUUACUGCCCAUCAACGAAUUCACACUGGGGAGAAACCAUAUAAAUGCUUGCAGUGUGGAAAGAGCUUUGCUCAGAAUUCAGUCCUUACUGUCCAUCAACGUAUCCACACUGGGGAGAAACCAUAUAAAUGCUUGGAGUGUGGAAAGAGCUUUUCUCAGAGUUCCAGUCUUGCUACUCAUCAACGUACGCACACGGGAGAAAAUUCAUAA